AUGGACGCUCGAUACCACCAAUGGUGUUCGAACUAUAUGCGCUCUAGUCCAUGCGGUCUAUACUGCUUCUACAAUGGCUCAGGUGAAAAUGGCGACGCCAUAACAUGCUCGGAGGCGCAUGGCUAUGCCAUGCUCAUUGCCGUGCUUCACGGAAAUCAGAAUGACUUUGAUGGUCUCUUGUCUUUUUUCUUGUCAUUCCGAAACGGACAUGGCCUCAUGAAGUGGCAAGUUCGCCAGAACGGCUCAGGUACCCUCUAUGUUGACGAAGAUGCCAACGACUGUGCGACUGAUGGCGACAUUGAUAUUGCGACUGCCUUGUUCCUUGCUAGCCGCAACUGGCCUCAAGGCUCUUCCUCGUUUCCUGCUGGUGCAUACGGCUACGAAGCCGCUGCACUGAGCGACGCGGUUCUCGCCCACUGCAUACAUCCUGAUCUGAAUGUGCCGCUGCUGGGCGACUGGUGCUGCAAGGAUGACAAAGAAAACUGUCGCCUGUACGACUCGACGCGCAGUUCAGACUUUAUCUUGUCGUCGUUCCUACUCUUCCACAUGAAGCAUCCCAACCCCCAGUCUCGGCAGCGUUGGCAAGAAGUGCUGGAGUCGACGCUACAGGUGGCCAUUUCACAGCUUGCGCUAUACCCUCGUUCUGGUUUGCUUGCCGAUUUUCUCGUGUAUGACAAGCGUCACGGCUGGCACCCAUCUAAGGGCAAGCAUCUUGAGUCGAAGUAUGAUGGCGAGAUGAGCUGGAAUGCGUGCCGCACUCCGUGGCGCCUAGCCCACUACUACGCUGUCACUGGUGACCAGCGCAUUCUGCCUCUCUUGCAGACAAUGCACCAGACUCUUAUGCGCUGCAACUUCCCCUCAGUGCCUGCGGGUAUUCGCGUCCGUGACGGCAAGGCGCUGGUAGACUACUCGGAGCGGGCUUUCAUCGCCCCCGUCGGCUAUCUGUCCUACGUUUUAGGCGACAGCAGCUCACAUCUAGCUGCUAUUCGUGCGAUGGAUGAUGAAGAACCAGGGUACUUUGGCGACUCCAUCGACUUGGUUAUUGCUGAAGAAGCCAUGGCCGCUUCGACGUGGCUGUCAUAG